AUGAGCAUUGUCUCCAUAAAGAGAAAUAACAAACAGACACAAAGGCUAUCAGAAAACAAAAGACAUAAUGCAGUCUGUCCAGAAAGCUCUGCAUCCAACGAUGAUAACCAUCCCACACACUGUCUGUCCAAAAGCACUGCUGAAUAUGCCACAAUCGAGAGGAAACAUCCAGAUACGAUGUUCCAAGAAGGCACAGCAGAAUGUGCUGAAACAUUUGACGAUCACAUAUACUUCAAUGAAGAUGAAGUAAUGAAAAGAAAAAUUCCGUUAGAUCAACUCAGAGAGUUUGUACAAAACAAAACUAUAGACAAUUAUGUUGAAGAAUUUAAGGAAUUACCGUCGGGACUUAUUAAACCGCAUAAAGCUUCACAGAAGAGAGAGAACAUACUGAAAAACCGUUACAGAGAUAUAUACCCUUAUGACAGUAAAAGGGUAAUUCUACGGGAAGGUAAAUCUGACUACAUUAAUGCAAGUUACAUAGACGGUUACAUGAAACAAAGAGCAUACAUUGCUUCGAUGGGGCCGACAAUCAAACAAAUGGGUGCUGAUUUUGAUGUAUUCUGGAACAUGGUCUGGCAGGAGAGGGUAGACAAAAUUGUUAUGCUGACCAAUCUUAGAGAGUCGGGGGUACAGAAAUGUGACAAAUAUUGGCCUGAUGAAGGAUGUUGUAACAAGUAUGGGCACGUGAAGGUCAUGUGUCAGGUUGAAGAGAUCUAUGCUAAUUAUACAGCCAGGAUCUUCACAAUGGAGAAAACAGAGAGAAGGACGCUUUAUCAGAUGCAUUUUACAGUCUGGCCAGACAAAAGUACACCACAACAAGUUUCCAGUUUAACAGAUUUCUGGGAGAAAGUAAAAGGCAUAAGUACAACAGAAGAUGGGCCUAUGAUUGUUCAUUGCAGUGCAGGGGUUGGCCGAACGGGAACUUAUAUAGCACUGGACAUAUUAGCCAAUGAAGGAAUGUCUGAGGGUCACGUGGAUGUUUUUGCAUGUGUCAGAAACCUGAGGGAAGAACGCGUCUGCUUGGUACAGACAGUGGGCCAAUAUCGAUUCCUCCAUGAGGCUUUGUUACAGAUCCUGUCCCCUGAUAACACCAAUGUAUAAUAAACAACACCCAAUUUAACAAGAAGUGCAAACAUCGCAUUACCUGUUAUGAACAGUCACCAGCAAUAAAAUUGGAAAUUAUCAUAACAUAGUGCAGCCUGUUAAAAUGACAGCACGUUCCGACAUCUGCUAAAGUUCGCUAGGCUGACAAAACAUUUUUUACCAAAUAAACGCUAAAUGUUUGAGUAACUGCUAUGUGAGUGUAUUUUAUGUUCUUUAGCCGCUAUUAAUUCGCGAAUCUCCUUGUAUAUAUGCUUGCAGAAUGUUAUAAUAAUUACCUACGAUGAGGUACUAGAGCUGAAAUAGAUAGAAAAAUAACUGUUAUUAAAGUAAACAGUAUAUGAAAAGAAAGCAAGAAUAAGUACAGACAGUCGUUGCUGAAUUUCAUGCAAUAAGUUAACACAUACAUAUUAAUUAUUCUGUGACAUUGGUUUGAUAUUGGGAUGAUAAUGUAACCUGUGUAGUCUGGCCAAGUUUGAGAGUGCGCUUUUAUUGCACAAAGUAUAUAUUUCCCGACUACCAUGAAUUGAAUUCAAUGGCAAAUUCUACAAUGGAGAGGGGGUGGGGGGAGGGUAAAAUAUAAGGAUAUACUUGUACUGCAAUGUUAUAAAUCAAACUUUUAAAUCGAUAUGAGUGUUUGCCUUAGGUGUAAGAGGUCCCGAGUUUAUGUCCAGCUUGUGGGUGCAGGUGCACAAUUUCAAGACUGCUCUACAUGUAUCAUAAUAAGCAUUAUUGAUAUUUGAUAAAACUGUUAUAAUAACGUGAUUCAUUUGCAUGCACAAUUUUUGUACAAAGUUAAAAGCUGUUAUAACUUUAUGUUUUCAUGAAUUUUCCCGCUAACAUUGCGAGGGCGCAACGCAAGCACAUGUGAAAUGAAGGCAGCGUAUUUUUGCUUCAUGCCGUCGAUUUGUUCUUGCCUUUAUUCUCAGGUAUAAAAGUAAGUAAGUAAGUAAGUAAGUUUUCAUAUGUUUAAAAUGUAUAUAACUGAAAUGAUGAAGAGGAUUUACAUAUUUGGAUAUCGGCAAUAAAUAUGCUUCAGACGAAAGGACAAAUAUUGGUAAUUAAUUAAUGUCUAAAGUCUGAAUCUACAAUGUUUUCAUGUUUGGAAUUCUGUACUGAUUUUUCUUAUUUGAUGUUUGAAAAAGGAGUUGCACCAGUUCGUAUGCUACAUAUAAUUAAUUGCCGUCAUCAUUAUUAUGUUCCUCAGUUUCUGCAUGUACAUGACUUCCAACGAUGAAGUUUCUGUCUUUGUAUUCAUUUCAAAAUUUAAAAAAAAAUAUGUCUUAAGCAUUUAAAACUGCAAUUGUCGCAUAUUUCUAGAACAAUUUGCUUGACGUGUACAUGUAAUUGUUUUCAUUUUUUUUGAAUUUUGUAUUCCUUAUUCCGCUUUGUGAAUUAUGACGUUCUGCAGAAACUCAGAAUGAGACCCAUUUUGUUAUUGGCUGUAUUCUAUAUAUCACAUAGCGUGAAAACCUAUAGAAGACAGUCAGUAAUUAUUCACUUACUUCUCAAAUAUGACCUCAUAUAGCUUAUAAGUAGUGAAAAUACUGAAUGUUAUCAACCUUUUAGCAAGUUUAUGAAUGUUAUAACAUGAAGUGUGAAUUGUUUAGAAAUAUCUGUAUAACAACACAAUAAAAUGAUGUAAAUACGUGUGCUUGUUCUGGUCAUUACUUACUUACAAUCUGUAAAAAUAUGUUUGUGCUCAGCCG